AUGGCCCCUGCUCAGAGGGUCGUGAGGCAACGGAAACUCAACAAAUCCACACCACAAUCCGUCCUCCGCGAAGAACAGAUCGAAUCUGCGGAAUAUGACUCACUUCAGAACCAGUAUCAUGUUGAGACUGGCGUUGAACGUUCAGAGGAAAAUGAAUACCAUCUUCAAGUCGCCCUGAAGGCGAACUCGAACGGUUCGGAGAAGGAUGAAGUGAAGGAGAUCCCCGCUCCUCCUGCGGUGGAAGGUGCGGACAUUAAUUAUGAUGAGCUCUACUCCCUCGAAUUCCAUCAACCUGAUACGUACAUUCGCUUUUCCGACACUGUCGAAGAAGCAUGUGGUUGUCCCUAUGACAUGACCACUGAGGAUGAUGUGUUCUUGAAAGCAUACAACCAGAAGAAGACUCCGAGCCACAGAUGCUCGGAGGAUAAAUUUGAGAAGAUAAUGGAUGUGUUUGAACUCACCGCUCAAUCCCACGCCCCAUUCGCAGCAGUUGACAACACUGUGGUGCCGUUUGACAAGAUGAAACCAGAGCUUAUAAAACAGGAAAUGGGAGACUCAACAGCCCCUCUGCGAGCUAAUGUGGCAGAGAAGCUGAUCACUCUCGCCAAGGAUAUUUAUGAACACUGGAGGGAGCGUAGGCAGGCUUCUGGCAACAAUCCGCUGCAGCCUUCUCUGAAAUUUGAGACACAUCAAGAAAACGAUGACGGAGAUCCUUACGUAUGUUUCCGUCGUCGUGAUGUCCGUCCAACGAGGAAGACAAGAGCUCGCGACGUGCAGAGCACCGACAAGCUUAAGCGGCUGAGAAGAGAGAUCGAGGAAGGUCGACAUCUCGUAGCAUUAGCAUGCCACCGAGAAGAGUUGAAGCGACAGGUCAUCAAUACUGACAAACUCAUCUUCGAGGCGAGAGCCAAGGUCAAGGAGGCCAAGGUCAGACUGGGUAUCAAGGGCGAUGACGAAGACUUGAUCAACCAAAGACCCCAGAAGAGGAAAGUCUCCGACUAUCCACAGAUGCAAAGAGUUCCUGGCACACAACUACGUUUGCCUGCCCGGCCGGAUGGCCGUCCACUGGAUGCCGACCUUGUAAUGCUUAGCGAUGUUCUCGCACAGAAAGAGAAUCUUCUCCAGCGAGAAAUCGAGGAGAAGACGCUACAACAUCGGAAAUGGAAUGCCAACCAUAUCGACCUUACACGAGAACCGCUUUCUCCUGUUAACGGACAUGGUCCGGAUACAGGAUUCCGCCCUGCCACUGCGCAGUAUCAGUAUCUAAUGACACCCCCCUCAUCCGUGACAUCAGAAACAUUUGACCAACCUUCGCCGGCCCAGGAAGUCACUGAGCCAGCUAAAUUCCGGUAUAACAGUCCGGAAGAAGAUGAGAAUCGUUCCAGGCCAGCUUAUCGUAGACGAAUUGGUCGCGGUGGUCGAUUAUGGAUCGAUCGUAGAGGCAUGUCCUCUUGUGUGAAAACCUUGGAUGACGAGAUUAGGUCCGAUCGAUACAAAUACGAUCAAGACGAUGAUGAUGAGCAGCCAGUGUAUGAAAUGGAUCCAUAUGAUACCCGAGCCCUGAAGUUCAGGGCCACAAUCCCAUUUCCUGCUCAUCUUGCGCAGAACUCUCGAAGAGUAGAACCGAAUCGGCCUGCAGUUCAGAGCCCACCUAAUAGCCGCACCGCUGCUGCACCACAACCAGCUGUUGCACCAACUUAA